GUGAGGGGCAGUCGGCGGCGACGUGUCCCAGGCGGGUCGCUGUGGCCAGCAUGGACACGGCGGAGGUGGAGUUUCUGGCUGAGAAGGAGCUGGUCACCAUAAUCCCAAACUUCAGCCUAGACAAGAUCUACCUCAUCGGGGGGGACCUGGGGCCUUUUAACCCUGGUUUACCAGUGGAAGUGCCUCUGUGGCUGGCGAUUAACCUGAAACAGAGACAGAAGUGUCGGCUGAUUCCUCCUGAGUGGAUGGGUGUGGAAAAGUUGGAGAAGAUUAGGGAUCAUGAACGAAAGGAAGAAACUUUUACCCCUAUGCCUAGCCCUUACUACAUGGAACUUACGAAACUCCUAUUAAAUCAUGCUUCAGACAAUAUCCCGAAAGUAGAUGAGAUCCGGACCCUGAUCAAGGAUGUGUGGGACACUCGCAUAGCCAAACUACGGGUGUCUGCUGACAGCUUUGUGAGCCAGCAGGAGGCACAUGCCAAGCUGGAUAACCUGACCUUGAUGGAAAUCAACACCAGUGGGGCCUUCCUCACACAAGCACUCAAUUACAUGUAUAAACUCCGUACGAACCUGCAACCUUCUGAAGGCAUCCAGUCUCAAGACUUCUAGAGAAAGACAUGAACUUGUAAAGAAAGGCCUUGCAUCUGUUGGCUGGAGGCUUGCCAGGUGGUGUGAGUGCUCGAGACAUGAUAGAGGUACUGUUAUCUCUGGAGUUCUAGAACCCCUUUUGAAUGUAUGAAGAAUUGUGUAGUGAAACAAGGAAUGGGCUCAUAACAUUGUU